AUGAACCCUGGAUUCUACCAGGAAUAUUGGGAUAAUGUGGGGGAAGAUGUGUCUAAAUUUAUUGUGAAUUGCUUGAACUCAGGCUCGCUGCCUGAAGGAUUGAAUGAUACUAAUGUGGUCUUAAUCCCGAAGAAAGAUGUGCCUGAGACAGUAGCUGAUAUGAGACCAAUAGCACUAAGUAAUGUCCUGUACAGAAUCAUGGCAAAGGUAAUAGCCAAUAGGAUGAAACCGCUUAUGGGGAACCUCAUCUCUGAGGCCCAGAGUGCUUUUAUCCCUGGGAGACUUAUUACUGAUAAUAUUUUAAUAGCUGCGGAGGUGAGACAUUACUUGAAUAAAAAACAGUGUGGAAGGAAGGGGUGGGCGGCAUUGAAAUUGGAUAUGGCCAAAGCAUAUGAUAGGAUGGAAUGGCAGUUCCUGAGACGGAUGUUGGAGUGGGGGUGUAACGCCAACCAGAGGGUUGCGACAAGGGAUCCUUUGUCCCCAUAUUUAUUCCUCAUAUGUGCAGAAGGGUUAUCUAUGUUAUUGCAAAGAGCGCAAAUGGCUGGCUUAAUACAUGGCUGCAGGGUUGCUAGGGGAGCCCUGCAGAUAUCACAUCUAUUUUUUGCAGAUGAUAGCCUAUUAUUUUUUAGAGCAGAUAGCGGGGAGGCAGGAGUAAUUAAACAGUGCCUGGGACGAUAUGAGGAGUUCUCAGGACAAAAGGUAAAUUAUCACAAGUCCAGUGUCUGUUUUAGCAGAAAUACCAGUGUGGAGGAUAGGGAGGAGGUGGCGAAUUGUUUGCAGGUAGACCAGGCACCCAAUUUUGGGAAAUAUCUGGGACUACCAUCUUUUGUGGGGAGGAACAAGAAGACAGUGUUCUCAUAUAUUGAGGAUAAGAUAAAGCAGAGAAUAAGCUCAUGGAACAGGAAAUUUCUGACACAAGCAGGAAAGGAGAUUCUAUUGAAAAGCGUGGCACAAUCUAUGCCUACCUUUUCAAUGAGUGUCUUUUUUAUUCCGGACUCAGUAUGUUUAUCAAUCCAGAGAACAAUGAACAAGUAUUGGUGGGGCACUCGUAUGGAUAGAGGAAUACACUGUAAAGCUUGGGAUAAGUUAAGUAUCCCAAAGAAAUAUGGAGGAAUGAGAUUCAAAGAUCUCAAGAAUUUUAAUUUAGCAAUGUUGGGAAAACAGGCAUGGCGCCUACUCACAAGUCCAGACACACUUGUUGCAAAAGUCUAUAAGGUAAGGUACUAUCCGAAUACCACUUUUGUUGAUGCCAAAGUAGGAGGAUGCACGAGCCACUCAUGGAGAAGUAUUAUGGCAGCUCAUGACAUGGUGGUGGCACGGGUGCGCAGGAGGAUAGGGAAUGGUAAAACAACACUAAUCUGGGGACACCCAUGGUUUCCUGAUAAUCCAAGCCCUUUGGUGCAGACUGAUAUGCCUGUAGAGCUCAGGCAUGCUAAAGUGGUAGGUUUAAUAGAUGAACAAACUGCUACCUGGGACCCACAUAUUUUAGCAGAUUUAUUUGAGGAGGAGGAUGUGAGUAGAAUAUUGAGGAUACCUGUUAGUCCAGGAUAUGAGGACGCAUGGUAUUGGCCUGAGGAGGAUGUGAGUAGAAUAUUGAGGAUACCUGUUAGUCCAGGAUAUGAGGACACAUGGUAUUGGCCUGAUGACCCAAAUGGGAUAUACACAGUUAAAAAUGCUUACAGACACAUUAUGGGAAUUUAUGAUCACUCGCCUGGGAGUUUUGAGAAAUGGACUAAAAUGUGGGGAAUGAGAGUACCCCCAAAAUGGAAGACUUUUUUGUGGAGAGCAAUUUGUGAUAUUCUUCCAACAACCAACAACUUGAUUAUAAAGAGGGUGGAAGUGGAUCCCACAUGCCAAAUGUGUGGGAUUGCCAAUAACAAAUAUUGUUGUCAACUCAUUCCCCGAGUGGCUAACAAUUGUGCUUACAAUGUUCACAGAGGACCAAAGUGCAGCGGUGGUGGCUUUGCUUUAUUGCUUAUGGAGGUGCAGGAAUUCAGCGGUAUGGGACGGCACACUGCCCCGGCCUACGACGGCUUGGAGGCAGGCCACGGCGGCGCUGCACUCCUACCGGCAGGCGUGCGCCGUGGCACGGCGGCACUCACGGUGGCUACGGCAAAUGGCGGCACCGACUCCACCCCACGGUGUUAUGUGGAUGCGGGGUAUCAGGAGGACACGGGGGAAGCUACAUAUGGUAUUGUGUUGCUGUCUCCGGAGGGAUCUUUUCUUGCAGCGAAAAAUGGGAGACUAUCGAAUUGUUUGUCACCAUUCAUGGCGGAGGCACUGGCAUGUAAGGAAGCUCUAUCCUGGCUUUUGGAGAAGAAUAUAACAACAGUAACCCUUCAAACAGACUGUUUACAGCUGAGGAAUGCGAUACGGCAGAAUACAACUAUCAUAAUGUCCUAUGUUGGAGCAGAUUAA